CCUUAGAUUGAGUCAGUAGGUUUGUCAGUCAGGGGUUAGAGUCGACAUGGUGAGGUUUGGAACCACCGCCCGGUUGUGCACUUUUCACCAUGGUUGAGACCCGCAGUGGGAAGGACACUAGCCCCUACACCAAGGAGCAGCAAGAAAAGAUGGCCGCCUUAGUUAAGGAGAAUAGGGAGAGAAAAGAGCGCGAGAAGCAAGCGAAGUUAAAAGCUAUCGCAGAUGAGCAGGCGGCCAAGAUGAAGGAGUUGGAAGAGGAGAUGGAGAAAAAGAAGAAGGUUGUUGAAGAAGAAGUGGCAGCAGAAGAAGAAAAAGAGAGAAUGCGUAUUGAGAGUAGAGAGGCGAGUAGUGGCACGAAGAGAGAUACAGACGCAGAGAUGGAGAAGAAACUGAGUGAGUGGGUCGCUAAUUUAUCGUUGGGGGAAGAUGAGGAGGCAGAGUCCUAUGUGACUCCGGAUGAGAGGGAAGCGCUGGCCAAUGAGCUAGCAGCAAUGACAGAUCCUAUGGAACGGCAAGAUAGGGAGGAGGAACAAAAGUUAGCAUGGAAGUUGAGGAUGAAGAGGGAGAAGAAGAGGACGAGAGAGGAAGUGAAUAAACUGACAGCAGAGGUGGCAAAGGUGCAGGAGUGCAGGAAGAACUGUUGGCCCAGCCAAAUGACAAUGCCAAGUGGGAUAAAGUGUGUAGACAACACCUUGGCACAUUGUUGUCUCAGUGCUCCCGCGUUUGCGCGACUAGUGAAAAAGGAGCAGUUAGAGGACCAGGUCUUUUUAGUUUAUGUUAGACCUGUCACUGAGGCCAAGGAGAAAGAUAGCUCCACAAAUCCAACGAUUGCCAAGCUGCUGGAACAGUUCAAAGAUUUGACUGAGCUGCCGACAGGAGUAGUGUCGCGAUCGAUCCAGCACAGGAUAGAGAGAGAACCUGGCAGUAAAACUCCUAAGGACGCAGUUUACAGGAUGUCCCCUAGAGAGUUAGAGGAGCUUCGCAAGCAGUUAGACGAACUCCUCGAGAAAGGUUGGAUCAGGCCCAGUUCAUCUCCUUUUGGAGCACCUGUCCUGUUUGUCCCCAAAAAGGAAGGAGAGUUGAGAAUGUGUAUAGACUAUAGGGGUUUGAAUGCUAUCACAGUGAAGAAUGUUGAGCCGCUGCCCAGGAUAGACGAUCUCCUAGAUCGGGUGCAGGGUUGCAAGUAUUUCUCUAAGAUAGACUUGAAGUCCGGUUAUCAUCAGAUAGAGGUCCAUCCUGAUGACCAGUACAAGACUGCGUUCCACACUAAAUAUGGGCAUUAUAAGUUUAUAGUGAUGCCCUUUGGACUAACCAACACGCUAGCCACCUUUCAGCGUUGUAUGAAUGAUUUGUUCAGACCAUGGUUAGAUAAGUUUGUGGUAGUCUAUCUAGAUGAUAUCUUAGUUUUUAGUAAGACCCUCCAGGAGCACCAGGGUCAUCUAAGGCAGGUCUUGGAGAAGCUACGAGAGGCUAACUUCAAGAUCAACGCAAAGAAGUGCGAGUGGGCCAAGACACAAGUCUUGUACUUGGGCCACGUAUUAAAUGGAGACGGCAUUAAGCCGGAGGACAGCAAGCUCGCGGCGAUUAGAGAUUGGUCGACGCCCUGCACAUUGACAGAGUUGCGGUCGUUCCUAGGCCUAGCUAACUACUACAGAAAGUUCGUGAGGAACUUCUCCACUAUCGUCGCUCCCUUGCGCAGGUUGCUUAAGAAAGAGGCAAUCUGGCAAUGGGACAAAGAUUGUACGUCUGCGCUAAAGAGAUUGAAGCGCGCACUGAUAGAGUACCCUGUCCUCAAAGUAACUGAUCCGUCCCUGCCAUUUGUCGUCACGACGGACGCAAGUCAGUAUUGGAUAGGCAUCGUGUUGCAGCAGGAUGACGGCCAUGGCUAUAGACCCGUAGAGUUCAUGUCCGCGAGGAUGCCCUCAGAGAAGGUAGCCACCUCGACGUACGAGAGAGAACUCUACGCUCUCAGGCAGGUUCUAGACCACUGGAAACAUUACCUGCUUGGGAGGCACUUCAAAGUAUAUUCUGACCACGAGACCCUUAGAUGGUUGAAGAUGCAGGCCAAGAUGACACCUAAGUUGACUAGGUGAGCCGCAGAGAUAGACCAAUAUGACUUUGAGCUUAAGCCAGUGAAG